AUGCAACUUGACAUCAUUCUUGCCAGUCUCCAAGACAAUUCUCACAUCGCAUCCCUUCUUGGAUUUGCUGAGCCUUUCGAUUCUACCGUUUCUGCCAGUCCAGACUAUGACAACACAAUGGAUGUUGAACUAGCAGAAGUGUUAAUGAAAACCGUGUUAAGGACUCUCACUUUCCAUACUGUACAAGCUUUGAAUGAAAUUAAGAAGAACAGUGAUAAAGCUUUACAACUGCUGUGUGUCGAUAACAGCUCCCCUCCACGCCAUCUGCACAGCUUAUUGUCAUCCUUGCACAAACAUUUGCUAGCUUAUUGUCGCAACAAUUCAGAAAAUAAUGACAUGUCCAGUGCCAGUUCAGUGCUCCACCGUCAUUUGUCUCUCAUGUUGCCACUAUCUGGAGAAAUUAUCACCUGCUGUUCCCACAUGAUAGCAGAUAUACAAGAUAACGCGUCACUUUUGAAGAAAGUUGGAGAAAUCCUGUUUGAUUCCCCUGCCGGCGCUAUGUUGGUUCAUGUCAUCUACGCUCUGUUGUUACUCCCUCAGCAUUCAGCACUCACCCCAUUGUUGCAUGAUCUACUCAACUUCCUGCCAUGCCUUGAUAAAAUCAACCGUAACCUCUUAGCUUACCAAAUUAUCGAAGAAUACCCCCACCUCUCAGAUCUACCUGAAUCUCAGUGUCCAGCUGUAUCCCAGUGGUCGUGGCUACUUGACCUAGAAAGGUCAUGUUCACUCUUGGUUGGUCGGUCAUUACAUGCUCUAUUACUUGGUCCUCCUUUGUCCAGUUCAGAGAAAGUCAAUACGACGUGGCUUGACAGUCGUUUGUUUAGCAAUGGCCUUGAAAGACAAGCUUCUGAAUUAGAUUUGAUCAUCCAUGACAGUAUGUGUUCGAUUCUGUCGUCGAAACCCUCCGAAGCGAACAUUCCCGAGGAUCUCAACUUCGAUGCCGAUACCAUAUUCCUACUGGAACUUGGUCUUGGCAUUCCAAAGGAACCGGUGCAACAUGUACAACGGAUGAUGUUUGAGUAUGCUGAGAAAAAAGAUUGGGAUACAUGUGAAAUGAAAGAUGUCUCCCUAGAUACAAUAUCCAGGUUCUUGCUAGCAGCGUUACUGAAACACUGUGACCUCCUCUCCUUUUCCCAAUCCACAGAGAGACCCAAUCGCAGUCUUGUGAUGGCUUAUAGACUGGUUUAUCAAUCACGCAGUCGACUUAUUGGAUAUAAAUUGUCUCCGAAUCAGGCCCCCAAAUUCUCUGGACUUUUACAUUCGGACAGAAUAACAACACAUAAACGAGGCCAUGGCUUAUCGGAAGAGGAAGACAUCAGGGAAGCUGGCAAAAGUGACGAAGGACUCGAGAAAAUAAAAGAUGAAGCUGAUAAUUCUAGCAAUGCUAAGUUGAAAGAAUCUCCUGGUGACAGUUCCUUUGAAGAUAUCUGUCGCACCUGGUUAGAAAGAUGUGUGUUUCUUAUUAUCGGAGUAAGACAACCUUUAGCAGAUGAAGAGCUUGUUUUGUCUGAUACAAUCUACGGCAGUCGGUCCCACGUAGCACAAGACCACAAUACAGAGAGACGGCUUUAUUUGUCACCGAGGAAGAACAAGAAAUCCGUAACACGGACAAGUAGCUCUCCGAACCUUUGUUGUUUGAAUGACAUUGAGGAGUCAAACGGGGAAACUUAA